AUGCCCCAGUGCUGGAUCCAGAGUCCCUUCAGCUUGAUCGGGGGAGGGGGGAGGCUCUCUGAGGAAGUGGACACGCCACCACACCUUCGUGCCGCUGAGAGCAAGGUGAAGGGGACACGUUUUCUAAUCGCCCUGCUGCUUCUGUUUGCCGCCCCACGGGUCGAGCGACUCUGUCCCGCUGGCUCUGUGCCCAGGAUGUCUGACACCGAGGCCCCGCAGCAGCCCCAGCCCAUCACCAUCACUUUGGGACCCGCUGGUCAUCACCAAGAUUGUGCAGAGGGCGACCUGGAGUGCCUGGUGUGCCGAGAGCCCUACAGCUAUGCCCGGUCACCCAAGCUGCUGAGUUGCCAGCACAGCUUCUGUGCCGUCUGCCUGAAGCUCGUACUGUGUGUGCAGGAAGACUCCUGGUCCAUCACCUGCCCACUCUGCCGGAAGGUCACCGCAGUGCCCGGGGGCCUCAUCUGCAGCCUGAGAGACCAGGAGGCGGUGAUGGGACAGCUGGCCGGGCCAUGCCUGGAGGUGCGGCUCUGUCCUCAGGGGCUGCAGGGCUCUGCCUCUUCAACAGGGGGGCAGCCCAGCUCGGCAGGAGGGGAUGAACAGGAUGCGGUGACUGUGAACCAGGUUGCAGCCCGGCGCUUGGCCGUGCACCUGCUCCUGCUGGUCCUGCUCAUCAUCCUCAUCCUCCCCUUCAUCUACCCGGGCAUCAUCCGGUGGGUGCUGGCCUUCAUUAUCACUCUCGCCUUGCUGAUGUCCACCUUGUUCUGCUGUUACUCGCACAACCAGAGCAGCUGCUGGCCCUGCCCCAGGACUCACUUCUGCGGAGAACAGAAACACAGCCAGAUCACUUCCAUCGCCUGACAGCCCCAGGAGCCUGUAGCCCAGCAGCCUCGUUGCUUCUUAGGGCCCUGACUCACAAUCCGCAGGGUAAGGGACGGUGAACUCAUCCUGGCUCC